AUGACCUCUGCCACUCUUCCUCCCUCCGAAAGCCGGCUUUUCAAGCCGCUGAAAGUUGGCAAUGUUCAGCUGCAACACCGCAUUGUCUUCCCUCCUCUGACCCGCUACCGCAAUGACGACGAACAUAUUGCUCUUCCAUUCAUGGAGAAGUACUAUUCCGACCGAGCCUCCACGCCGGGUACUCUAGUCAUCUCUGAAGCAACAGGAAUAUCUCACUUGGAAGAGGGACAUCACAAUGGCCCCGGUUUUGUAAGCGAUCACCAGGUUGCGGCGUGGGCCAAGAUCAUCAAUGCUGUGCAUGCAAAGGGGUCUUUCUACUUCCAGCAGAUAUGGGCUAUGGGCCGGGCUUCCGAUCCCGAGUACAUGGCCCAGCGAGGCUUCCCAUACCGGUCGAGCAGCGCGGUGCCUAUGCCGGAUGUCGAUGUAGUGCCAAGGGCGUUGACUGAGGAAGAGAUCCUAGACAUUAUACAAAGUUUCGUCGAUACCGCCAAGAGGGUCAUUGCAGCUGGUGCAGAUGGUGUCGAGAUUCAUUCGGCACAUGGCUAUAUGCUUGACCAGUUUCUCUCGGACAGUAUCAACCAGCGCACUGAUAAAUGGGGUGGCUCGAUCGAGAACAGGGCUCGCCUCACUCUCGAGGUCAUCAAGGCUGUUGUCGCUGCCAUUGGAGCGGAAAGGGUGGCUUUCAGAUUCUCUCCUUACGCUGCAUUCCAGGGCUCUGAGAAGCCCGAUGCCAUACAACUUUACACCUAUAUCAUUGACGAACUGAAGAAGAUGAAUGUGAAGUUUGCAUAUAUGUCGCUUGUUGAGGCUACUGGCGAUCCCGGCGCGAUUAUCUUCGGAGGCAAAAAAGUCAAUCAGGAUAAGACACUGGACUUCAUUCUCGAAUCGUGGAACAAUCUAUCCCCUGUUCUCGUUGCAGGUGGGUACCAGCCAAAGACCGCUGCCGCGGCCUUGGAAGGUCAUUACAAGAAGUGGGAUGUCAUGGUUGGAUUUGGGCGACAUUUCAUCGCGAAUCCCGACUUGGUGUUUAAAAUAAAGCAUGAUAUCGAGCUAAACAAGUACAACAGACCAACUUUCUACAUCAACAAGUCGGAAGUGGGCUACAACGACUACCCUUUUAGCGAGGAGUUCUUGAAGACGCAGUCUAGAGUGGGCGAGGUGGCGUUGCAAUAG